AUGCUGAACUACCUUCCGGUGUGUAAACGUGAACAAGUAAAGAGAGCCGGCAUCGAUAAGAACCUUCGACUAAUCUACCGAAAAUGUGCUGAUAAUGGGGACCAAGUGGUGAUGGAUGAUAUCCAUUAUUAUGAUCGAUCAACAAAGACCAUUGAAUCAGAUUUCGAGAUACCUGCUACCGGUAAAUCCAAAGCAAAUAGUUCCAUGAAUACCUGUAGCUGGGUGUACAUGCUGCUGUUGGAGGCGUGGGUCAACGCCCUCAUGAACACCGUCAUGAAUUCGAUCCAGACUUACUCUACAUUACCGUACGGCAACGUCGCCUACCAUCUAGCCGUCAAGUUAGGACUGAUGGCUAACCCAACCGCCUGUUUAUUUGUUCAUUUUUCACCAAUAAAAAACAAUACUGUGAUUGGAUUUAUAUCUUUUCUGGGCAGCUGUAUCGGUGCCUACAUCAUGUGGACGGCACUGGAGAGUCCGUAUCCCGUGCUGUGUGGUAGUAUAUGGGGAGAGGUUCUUGUGGUACUAGCGUGGAUCUUCAUGAUCGGGCUUCUUACUUACGUGAAAGUUAUGAUUGGAGUAAUCUGUCGUGACAACGGACGCAAAGCCUUGAUGUGGUGCGGCGCCGCGAUGCAGGUUGGGUCGUUGGCUGGUUCUAUCGUCAUAUUUCCAAUGGUCAAUGUGUUGUACUUGUUUACACCAAACGACCCCUGUGGCGACACAUGCUGGAACUAG